UUUUGCUUGCCUUUGACUCUUAUCUGCUUAUUGUGCCCCGGGAUGUUUAACGCCCUCACUGGACUCGGUAGAGGCGGCCAAGUCGAUACAAGGGCCUCCGAAAGUGCAACUUGUGCAUUGUACGCAACAUACGCGUUCUUCGGAUUCUUCUCUGGGCAACACACAUUUUCGUUUCAUGGUCGUCUAGUGAUUUACUGAGCAUAUGAAGAACCGUCUGCAACAAGACCGGCGCUAAGCGCACUCAUGCGAC